UUCUGUUGUGAACUUGGUAUAAAAUGACGUCUUAAGAUGGCUCGUGUGGGCUGUGGGGGAUUGGAUGAUAAGUGUUCAGGAACUUAAGUUGUUAAGUGCAUUUUCGAGAGGACAAGCCUGUGCCCACACUUUUUUGGGAAAUAUAAUGGUUGUCUAAUGGAUUAUCUGCCAUUGUUGGGUGGAUUGAUAGGAGCAGUCGCAGUGGGAGUGUACAUUUACAGAAGAGCCAGAGUAGCCGGCGAGACGUGCGACUGCACCGACCGCGUAGAUGGCAAAGUAGUCCUAGUGUCCGGCGCCAACUGCGGCAUCGGACGGCAGGUGGCGCGCGAGCUGGCGCUUAGAGGCGCCCGGGUGUACCUGGCCUGUCGGUCCCGGACGGCGGCGCGUCAGGCGGCUGACAGCAUCAUCAACGAGACGAGCAACACGUCCGUGCGGCCGUUGCAGCUGGACCUCAACAGCCUGGCCUCUGUCAGGCGGUUGGUGCACGAGUUCAGACAAGUCGAGUCGCAGCUCGACAUCUUGAUCAACAACGCCGGCUGCUUCUAUUGCCCGCCGUCACUGACCGAGGACGGAUUCACCGUCACCUUCCAGACCAACUACCUCGGCAAGGACAUUUGCGUCAACAGCGUCGACCCGGGGAACGUCAACACCGACAUCUACCGCCACUACCGGGAACUAAACACCUUCCACGUCCGUCUGCUGCGGCGUCUGCUGAUGCGCACCCCCUGGGAGGGUGCUCAGACGGUGAUCCACUGCGCCGUCAGCUCCAAGAUCGACGGCGUCACCGGGCAGUACUUCCGGGACUGCACGAUCGCCGACGCCAACCCUCUGGUGCGGGACCGCGCGCUGGCGCAGGAGCUGUGGCGCACCAGCGAGCGCUGGACCGGCCUGAGCCCGCUCUGA